AUGUCCUCAAGCUCUGUGGUCAUAGAAAAUCCGGCUGCAGGAAUUGUCAAAAUCAUCUUGAAUCGGCCUAAGGCUUUGAAUGCCUUGAACGCCGAGCUAUUAGACGGGCUCGUGAAAGCCCUUCGAGAGAACUCACACGCGCGUGUCAUAAUUCUGGAAGGGGCAGGGGACCGAUCGUUCUGCGCCGGUGAGGACCUCAAGCAGACCCUAGCUCCAAAGACGGGUACGGCACAAGAGCUCCGCGAAGCAUUUCACCAACUUCAAGACCUUACUCGCCUCACAUCAGGCUCGCAAGCGGUUGUCAUCGCUGCCGUCCAUGGAUUCGCCAUCGGCGGUGGCGCAGAGAUAGCCCUCGCAGCAGACUUUGUCAUCGGAGGGCCCGCAACGAAAUACCGCUUUCCUGAGGUCCCUAUAGGUCACGCUGCAACGGGUGGCAUCACUCUGCGUCUCUCGCAUCUUGUUGGGCUACUCAAAGCAAAAGAGUUGCUUCUCACUGGGCGCUGGGUCGAUUCGGCCGAAGCUUUGAAGAUUGGGAUGUUGACUGAGAUUAGUGAAGACCCAAAGUGUCGGGCUUUGGAGCUGGCAAUUCAACUCGCCAAGCUCCCUGCUACCUCUUUGGCGGCGUCUAAGAGUUCCCUAGAGCGUUCACUGUUCACCAAUAUGGAGGCUUGCCUGCAAGACGAAGUCAAUGUAGCGAGUUAUUGUUUUGCACAGAGCGACGCUGCCAAAGCCUUCACAGAUUUUGCUGCUCGUAAAGCCCCUCAGAGCAACGGCAAGGAAAAAAUUAAGAGCAAGAGUGAACCAAGAUCAAAUGGAACGAGUGUAGCAAAUAUUGCCACACCUUCAGCUGUCCGAACCCCUAUCCGAGAUAUCAACACUGCGCUUGGUGAAGCUAUUAACAAUUUUUCAGACCAGACUUUCCUACGAUUCGCUGGUCAAGAUAUCACAUUCAAAGCAUUCGAUACUAUGGUUAGCAAACUCGCUGGAGGGUUGAGACAGCUUGGUCUUGAGAAAGGUGAUAGAGUGCUUGUCAUGAUGUCUAACAGUAUCGAAAUGGUCUGCACCUGGAUGGCUGUUAACCGCUUGGGAGCGAUAUGGGCCCCUGUCAACACAGAGCUGAAGUCUGUCACACUGAAGAACGUGAUUCAAGCAGCUCAGCCGAAGCUCGCCAUCGUUGACUCCGGUUUAUGGCCCAAACUUAACUCCCUAGCGGUCUUAGACAGCGGCUCUGUUAUCCUCAACGGCGAAUCCCAUGAUCCGCUUGCAAAUCUCUCAGAUCUUUUCAACUCCAGGAAUAGUGUUGAUGCCCUGGACUCCGUUGUCGUAUCACCUAAUACGACAGCUGCAUUUCUUUACACUAGUGGCACAACGGGAAAAUCUAAACCAUGUGUUUUGUCUCACGAAUACUUCAUCCUCCAGGCACAAGUACUCAUCGAGGGUUGCGGGCUCAGGUCUGAUGAUGUACUCUACUGUCCUUUCCCAUUAUUCCACGCAGAUGCCACUGCUCUUACUGUGAUACCGGCAAUUCUGCUCGGCUGUGUCGCCGCUCUCUCUGCACGCUUUAGUGCUAGCCGGUUCUGGGAUGAGAUCCGCAGCACGAAAGCGACGGUAUAUGACUUUAUGGGCGCCACAUUGGCGCUGACAUACAAGCAACCGCCUUCGGAACGCGAUCGUGAGCACAAUGUUCGGCUGGCUUGGGGCGUACCCAUCCCUUACUUUGCCGAGGACUACGAGAAGCGAUUUGGCCACUCCCUUGUCACUCUUUACGGUAGUGUCGAGGCUAGUCUUCCCGUCUUCCAGGAUCGCAACGGGCAGCUGCCUCGUGGCUCUUGCGGAAGGCCGAGAAAAGGCAUCCAGUUGCGGAUUGCCAAUGAGAUGGAUGAGGAGCUUCCGGUUAACACCGCGGGCCACUUGCUUCUUCGGAGCGACCAGCCUAACGCCUUCUUCCAGGGCUAUUUUAAUGACCCAAGUAGCACGGCUGAUGCACUCCGGGGGCUCUGGUUACACACGGGCGAUCUCGCAAAAGUGGACGAGGGGGGCAAUGUGUACUUCGUCGGCCGUGUCAAAGACGUAAUCCGGCGGCGGGGCGAGAAUAUCAACGCAAUGGAGGUAGAGGAAGAGUUUCUUCAGCACCCUGACGUGGUAAUAGCGGCUGCAUUUGGAGUUCCGUCACAGCUUGGGUCCGGAACGGAAGAGGAUCUCAAGGUUGUGGUGACUCUGCGCGCUUCCAGCACGCUGACUGAGCGAGAGCUCUGGGAGUGGGCUGGACAGCAUAUGGCUAGAUUCCAGGUGCCGAGUAUCAUCGAGUUUGUGGACGAGAUUACGAAGACGCCAACGGGCAAGAUGGAAAAGGGGAAUUUGAAGCCAGAAGGCGGCUGUAGGUUUGACUCUCGAGAUGUCAAAUGA